AUGCCGAUGCACCAGGGCUUCCUCCCCCGCGAAGGCUUUUGCCUCGAUGUCGUCCUCAAAGUUUUCCGUAGAACUGCCGGCAACCCGGCUCUCCUCCUUCCACUGGUUCUCCUGGCAAGGUUCUCCAAGAGAGGACAAGACUGGGCCAUCUUGCAUCCAAAAGCCGCCCGCCGACUGAGAAUUUUAUUCUAUUUUGCCGUGAUUCGGCGACUGAGUGCCUGGUACUCAGAUAAGAUGCGUAAUAAUUGGGUCGAUGACAAGUAUGUCUGGUCAAGGGAGAUUGUGCUAGUUACUGGUGGCGCUGCUGGCAUUGGAGCAAGCAUGGUGCGAUUCUUUGCCGAGAAGGGAAUUACUGUCGUGGUACUGGAUGUCCAGCCCAUGACUAUCAAGACCACUUCAAGAGUGCACUACUAUCAAUGCGAUUUACGAUCGCCCGAUGCCGUGAUUGCGACAGCUGACCGAAUUCGAGCUGAAGUCGGCCAUCCUUCGGUCCUUAUUCACAAUGCCGGUGUUGCUAGAGGCAAAACUAUUAUGGACUCUGAGCCAGCAGACGUCCGAUUCACAUUCGACGUCAACACUUUGUGUCACUACUGGGUCACAAAAGCCUUCUUGCCAAACAUGAUUUCGCGAAACCACGGCAUGAUUGCGACCGUCUCUUCUAUUGCCGCAUGGACUGCACUUCCCGACAUGGUGGACUACGGUGCGUCCAAGGCUGCCGCCCUAGCGUUCCACGAAGGUCUCUCUGGGGAGCUCAAAUUCCGCUACAACGCACCCAAGGUACGAACUAUCACGGUUCAUCCCGGACAUACGCAAACUGCAUUGUUUGCCGGGUUCAACCAGGGUAGCUCAUUUGCACUUCCCAUGCUACACCCCGACUCCAUUGCCGAGGCUGUGGUGAAGCAGGUCCUUACCGGGCGCAGCGGAACGGUCGUUCUGCCCGAGACUGGCUCCAUGCUGUCGUGGCUCCGAGCGCUACCCGACUGGCACGGCAUUCGUGUAAGAUCCAAGGCUCAGGGGAGCAUGAAAAACUGGUCGGGGAGACAGGUGGUGCAGGAUGUUGGUGCUCUGUACCAACGUGCAGACAGCCAACACACUGAACCGAGUGAGAGCACUGUACUAGUAUCGGAAGAGUAG